AUGGUACCAAACAAUGAGAUGGUGGUCGAUCUGGAUCAUAUCGAGUUGGAGAAACAGAUAAAGGCAGAUCAGAUCCAACAAUUACAACAACAAAUUCAAAUACAACAACAAAUACAACAACAUCAACAACAGAAUCCAAUGGCUUUUAUGGAUCAGGCCAGUAGUCAUCAUGGAGGUGGUGGCGGAGUGAUUGGUGCAGUCCAUAAUCCAUUACAAGGAACUCAACAUAUUCCAAGGAUGAUCCAACCUCAACAACAACAACCUCAAUUCAACAUCCUGGGCCAAUCAACUCAACUUAGAAAUCCAGGCGUUCCACAACUACAUCUGCAUCAACAAUACUAUCAAAAUCAACAACAGUCAUCGGUUGUGGAUAUGCCAAGACAGGGUAUCCACACCACUUAUCAACCUACACCAACCCCAACUUCACCAAUAGUCAAUGUUACCUCCGAAGUACAUACAUCAGCACUUGCCAACAUUGUAUCCAUACCUUCAAAUAUAGCAGAGAUCAAUGUAUUGACCCCUAUCACAGCAAUUCCAACUUCAUCGGCAGCAGCACAAGAACUAAUCCACUCACCAUAUGCCAUUGAAGUUGAUCAUGCACCACCAUUUGUUCCCAAUACAACCGAGACCCUCUCCGAUUCGGGGCUCUACAGUUCUGGAUGGAGGAACUUCAUGGAGAUCAAACGUCCACAGAAUCAACCAAGCCAAGAGAUAGUGCCCCCAACAGAGUUAAAUGACAUGAAAACCUUGGUAAUCAACAUUCCAUCGAUUAUAACUGCUCAACAAUCAUUGUUGACUGGAUUGGAUCAGUUACAGAAUGCUGGUGCCAGGUUACAGAAUGGUGAGAAUUUGUUGACCAAGAUUGAUAUUGCAGAUGAUUCCACAACCAUUCAUAAUUAUACAUGUCCUGAUGAGGUACCUGCAUCGGCACCCGUCAAGACGAUGAAAGGUCGAAGCAAGAGGUUCAGUCGAGACAAGAUGAAGAAGUUCAAGAACAGUGUGUACCAGAUAUUGGUGCCAGAGACAACACUCCCCAUUCAUUUGGUCGAUAGUGAGCAGCUGGAACACUAUGUUGUGCCAUUCCUUAUGGAGCUCGGUCGUGCAUUGCUCAUGUCUGGAGUACCCGUCCAUCGUCUUGAAUAUGAGCUGACCCUGAUCAGCUCGACCUUUGGCAUGGAUGGACAUUUCUUCUCGACGCCCACCGGUAUCUUCUUCUCGUUUGGUUCGCCACACUCCAUUCUCUCUCCCUACACUCAUCUUCUGAGGAUCCAAUCAAUGGACUACAACAUGUAUCGAUUGACCAAACUUGAAGAGUUGGCCGACGAAGUGAUCUAUGCCAAGAAGAAUUGUCAAGAUGCCUUGGUCGACUUGAAGGAUAUCCUGCGCCAGCCACCAUUGUAUAACAUCUACAUGACGGUUGCUAGUUUCCUAAUGUCUUCAUUCGCGUUCUCAUUCUUCCUCCAAAGUGGUUGGAUUGAAGUUGGCUCCAUUUCAUUGAUCGGCCUGUGCAUAGGUUUGCUCACGGCACUCUCAAUGAAGUUACCAACAAUCGGAAAGGUGGUGGAGAGUAUUGGUGCAUUUGGUGGUUCAUUCCUCGCCGGUGUCAUCAACUCAUACAUCUAUCCUGUGCCAAGAGUGGUCGUCACCAUUGGCGGCAUCAUUGCCCUUGCGCCAGGUCUAUCCAUCACCAUUGCCAUGGCAGAGAUAUCAACGAGGAACCUAGUGUCUGGUAAUGCCAGACUGAUUGGUGCCUUCACAUGUUUGCUUCAGCUGUCAUUUGGUAUCGCCAUGGGCACGACAUUUGCAGAGAAGGUACUUCCAGUUCGCCCAGAGAUCAUGCCGGUAUCCUUCCCAAGCUGGACCAUGUUCAUAGCCGUGCCACUUGCGGCCAUCUCCUACGCCAUACAGAUGAAGGCGCAUCCGAACCAGAUGUGGAUCAUCAUGCUCACAUCGAUGCUGGGCAUCGUGGCUGGCAACUGGGGCAAUCAAUACUUUGGCACUGACGUCGGCUCAUUCUUUGGCGCAUGCUUGAUCUGCAUCAUUGGCAACCUAUACGCACGAUUCACUGGAGGAACCAGUGUGGUUCCGAUCAUGGCUGGUAUCAUUGUGUUGGUGCCUGGAUCGAUGGGUGUGAAAGGAUUCCUGUCUGUGUCUGGUGGGAAUGCAUCUGGUGGUCUUGAUCUCCUGACCGGCAUGUUCAUGAUCGCCACAUCCCUCACCAUCGGACUACUUGUUGCCAACUUGUUGGUGAAGCCAGGUAAGGCAUUACAAUAA